GUCACUAUUUUGUCCCUCUGCGGUUGCCGUCCUUCUCCUCAGAGUUUCCGGACUGAGCGAACUGUGGAUCUUUAAUUCGCCUUGAUGAACAGGUUAAAGAUCAUUUCAGGUCAUCUCUGUCCCUCUGGUGCCUGGGAUCAUGGACAGGACCUAUGGAGACAGGACUGUGGCUCAGUGGGUGUCAGCAGCAGCAGAGGAAGUUCAGACCCUGAUGAUGUGGUGGUGGUUCAUGGGGUGAGGACCGCCAUCUGCAAAGCAAAGAGGGGAGCGUUCAAGGACACCACACCUGACGAGCUGCUGAGCACAGCCAUGACAGCCGUGCUGAAGGAGGUGGGACUGUCUCCGGAGCAGCUGGGGGACAUCUGUGUGGGAAACGUGCUGCAGCCCGGAGCUGGAGCCCUGGUGGUUCGGGUGUCUCAUUUCCUCAGUGGUUUUCCAGAAUCGGUUCCUGUCUACACCGUCAACAGACAGUGCUCCUCGGGGCUGCAGGCGUUGCUUAACAUCGCAGGAGCCAUCAGGAGUAGAACCAUCAACCUGGGUCUCGCCUGUGGUGUGGAAAGCAUGUCUCUGCGUUCCAUGGAAAACCCUGGAGAUCUGAGCUCCAGGCUGAUGGACAUCGACAAAGCCAGAGACUGCAUCAUCCCAAUGGGCAUUACCUCGGAGAACGUGGCAGAACGAUAUGGAAUCUCCAGAGAGAAGCAGGACGCUUUUGCUCUCAGUUCACAACAAAAAGCUGCCCACGCACAGAGCACAGGUGUGUUCGACCAGGAGGUCGUUCCUGUCUCCACUAAGUUAGUGGACGCCGAUGGCGGCGAACGUCAGGUGAUCGUCAGUAAAGACGAUGGCAUCAGAGCGGGAACCACGUUAGCAGGAUUGAGCAAACUGCGACCCGCCUUCAAAGCAGACGGCAGCACCACCGCAGGAAACUCAAGCCAGGUGAGUGACGGAGCAGCAGCACUGCUGAUUGGUCGCAGGUCUGCGGUGGAGGCUCGUGGUUUGCCGGUGCUGGGGGUCCUCAGGGCCAGUGCUGUAGUCGGAGUUCCCCCUGAUCUCAUGGGUGUUGGACCCGCCUACGCCAUCCCUGUAGCGCUGGAACGAGCCGGUCUGACUGUGGCUGACGUUGACGUUUUUGAAAUCAACGAGGCCUUCGCCAGUCAGGCGGUGUACUGCGUGGAGAAGCUGGGCAUUCCUAUGGAGAAGGUGAAUCCUAAUGGUGGCGCUAUUGCACUGGGUCAUCCUUUGGGCUGCACUGGAGCGCGACAGGUUGUGACGCUGCUCAACGAACUCAAACGUAGAGGACGCAGAGCUUAUGGUGUUGUCUCCAUGUGCAUCGGGACUGGGAUGGGAGCAGCUGCUGUCUUUGAGUACCCAGGACCGUAGACGCCACCUACAGGUCACAUCCACCUGCCUGUACUAGAAGUACCUAGAAAUCUUAUCGAUCAGUUUAUUGAUUGUAUAGUUUCUAAAUGAACUCAGUGUUUGGAG